UGUAAUGAAAGGAGCGCUGAAGGUAUUGAAAGACUUUUGUACUGAAAAAGAUGUAGAUCUGGCGGUUACAUGUACAACAAACAAAGAUUUGAAUGAUUUGCUACGAAAAUUUUAUGCUGCAGUAAGAACCCAGAAAGGGGAGCUCUAUUCCAAAAAAUCCUACAUGUCCAUUCGCUAUGGUCUGCAAAAACAUUUUGAAAAAGAACUUGGAGUCGAUAUUGUUAAUUCUCCGGAUUUUAAAGCAGCAUACAAAAUUUUUUCCGCAAUGUUAGCCAAACUUAAACGAGAGGGAAAGUCGGCGGUGAUGCAUAAAGAUCCGUUGUUAAAAGAGGACUUAGAAAACCUCGACACAUCUUUCGACCUGGAUACACCUAGCGGACUUCAAAAUAAAGUGUUUAUAGACUUUAUGAUGUACUUUUGCAACAGGUGAAGGGAGAACCUGAGAGGGUUACAGAAAUCAGACUUUUCUAUCAAUGAAAAUGGUAAAUAUAUUGAAAUGCGUGACAUGGCAACAAAGAAUCAUAAAGGAGAUGAACAAGAUGGUGAAAGCCAAGGUGGAAGAAUUUAUAAAAUCAAUGGAGAACUUUGUCCAUACAAAUCCUUUACAAAGUAUUUGUCUAUGUUAAAUAAGGAUUGUAAGGCAUUCUUCCAACGCCCGAAAAGACUCCUACAGAGUCAAGAUAAGUCAACUUGGUACGAAAAUUCCCCUGUUGGGAAAAAUACCCUGGGAAAUAAGAUGAAAACAUUGUCCGAGGAAGCUAAACUGAGUAGAAGCUACACAAAUCACUGUCUAAGAGCCACAUCAAUUACAUUACUGGAUGGUUUUGAAGCACGUCACAUCAUGACCAUUUCAGGCCACAAAUCAGAAACUAGUAUUAGAAGUUAUUCUAGGACAGGAAAUGAACAGAGAGAAUAGAUGGCCCGGACAAUUGCUGGAGCAUUAUCAGGUGAUGAUCAAAUGGAUGGAAUUAAUCACAAUUAUAAGGAGAAGAAAAUGCAGUCUGUAAGACUUAAUGAAACAGUUGCUGGAGCAUUGUCAGGUGAUGACAAAUAUGUGGGGCCAAGCAAUUCUUUGAAUGGUAUUUACCACCAGGAGAUGACUGUACAGUUUAAUGAAUCGACUUCAGGUAAAGAGUUUGCCUAUGAUGAUAUGGACCUCCUAGAGUUGACAUCGUCCCAGGAAACAUUCAUAUUGAAUGAUAUACAAAAUCUUCUGCCCGUUGCUCAACCACAGAACUUACCUAGAGCAGCAACUCCUACAGCAGCACCUGUUUAUUAUUUUCCAAAUUCCACUGUACACAUUCAUCAUCACAAUUAAUUUCACUACAAAUUUUGAUCUUAGAGAAAAUUUGAACAGUUAAAAUAAAUCAGUUUAUUAAGUAUUCAUUUAAAUUAUUAAAUGUUAAUUGAAUCUUUAUAUUCUGUUUCCAGC